AGUAUAGGAAACAAAUAAAAUAAAAAGAUUUGAAACAAGAAGUAGAAUGAAAAGAAAAAACAACUCUGCCUCUCUGGAAUCUGAUAGGUGAAGAAGGUAAGCUCAUUGUUUCACAUUAACCCCACAGAAUCUUUAUUUUCGUCAAAACCAAAUAUAUAUUUUAUAAUUAAUUACUAUUUCAAUAUACAAUCCCCAGCUAUUUUCCAGGCUGUUUCUAUUUCUCAACUCAUUCCAUUUUUAUACCUUGUUCUCUUUUCUUUCUUCACCCAGCAUCUCUCUUUCUCUCAAACCUUAAUCGUGUUUGCUUUAGCUCUCUCGCCAAUCUCAAAAUUCAAAUGGAUCCGUGCUCUUUCGUACGGAUCAUAGUCGGGAACUUAGCCGUUAGAUUCCCGGCGCCGUCUUCUUCUUCUUCUUCAUCUGCACCGUCUGUUUCCGGAAUCAGUACUUCCUCCACAUCACCUCCUAACUGCUACUGCAAAAUCAAAUUCAAGAGCUUCCCUCGCCAAAUCGUCUCUGCUCCGGUUAUCUUCCGAACCGAAUCUGAAUCCGAGACGCGUUGCUCAACCGUCGCAGCUUUCUUCAGUCUAAGCAAAUAUCAGAUCAAGGCAUCUUUGAAUAAGCCUAAGUUAAGCGUCCUCUCCGUCGAGACAUACUCACGCGGUGAAGGCGUUACUGGCGCGUCGUGUGGACUCGCUUCCGCGAGUGAGAAGCUGCUCGGACGGUUCGAGGUUUCGCUGGAUUUGAAAGCUGCGGAGACGAAGACGUGUUUGGCGCAUAACGGAUGGGUCGCUUUGAGGGGGAAAAGGAGGAAUAAGACUGGACCGGAUCCGGAGCUCCACGUUAGCGUACGGGUUGAACCCGACCCGAGAUUCGUGUUUCAGUUCUACGGCGAGCCAGAGUGUAGCCCUCAGGUUUUCCAAGUACAAGGAAACACCAAACAAGCCGUGUUCACUUGCAAGUUCGGCGCUAGAAACUCCGGUUCCGGCGAUCGGAAUCUUCUUCACAGUUCGUCAAUGAUGUCUGAAACGAGGAGUAGUUGCAUAUCUUCGAUGAAAUCGGAGAAGGAACAGCCUUCGAAGGAGAGAAAAGGUUGGUCGGUAACGGUCCAUGAUCUCUCCGGGUCACCCGUAGCGAUGGCCUCCAUGGUAACACCUUUCGUUCCAUCCCCCGGUUCGAACCGCGUGACGCGAUCGAGUCCCGGCGCGUGGCUUAUUCUCCGACCCGACGGUUGCACGUGGAAGCCAUGGGGACGACUAGAGGCAUGGCGUGAAGCUGGUUACUCUGAUUCACUCGGUUACCGAUUCGAGCUUUUCCAAGACGGAAUCGCCACCGAGGUCUCCGCAUCGUCGUCUAUAAGUUUGAAAAAUGGCGGGAGUUUUGUUAUUGACGUCACCGGCGGGACUACCACCGCGGGAUCCACGCCGACAACGAGUCCUCAGGGAAGUUUGGAUCUCGGAUCCGGUUCCAGCUCCGGGUCGAGACCCGCGUCGAGACCAGGAUCAGGGUCCGGGUCGGAUUUCGGAUAUUUACUGCCGCAGCAUCCGGCGCAGAGCAGAGGGUUCGUGAUGUCGGCUUCGGUGGAAGGAGUGGGGAAACAGAGCAAACCGGAGGUGGAAGUCGGCGUGACGCACGUGACAUGCACGGAGGAUGCAGCAGCGCACGUGGCGUUAGCUGCGGCGGUGGAUCUGAGUUUGGAUGCUUGCAGGCUGUUUUCUCAGAAGCUAAGGAAAGAGCUGAGACAGCAGAGCCAGCUUGGUGUCGUUUGACGUCUAUUGCUUUGUCGUUUUACCAAUUCAUGAGUUGUCUUCCACUCACAAUUUUUCUUUUUCUUUUUUCUUUUCUUCCGGAAAAUGUUUUUUUUUUCUGAGGUAGCGUUAGGAAUUAGCUGGCAAUUUUUUUUUAGAAGGUGGAUGUCAUCAUUAUUAAGAUUGCUUAUAUGUUUUUAUGUACAGCUAAACAUGACAGAAGCAACUUCUUAUCUCA